AUGGCGCCCUCGCAGGAGGACUUCGAUUCUCUAAAGGAUGAGAAGGAGAAGCUGGAGGCCGCACUGAAGCAGGAGCAGGAGAAGCGCCUCGCAGAGCAGCAGAGGCUCAAGGAGAGGACGCGGGAGACGUUCCAAAAGCUGAAAGAUGAUUGCAAUGCGAAGGUGCUCGCGCUCAACCAAGAGCUCGAGAAAGCCAAGGCCGACUCCAACGGCUCGCCAGAUGUGAGCGCCCUUCAGACAGAGCUGGACGCGGCUAAAGCUCAGGUGGCAGAGGUUGCUGACUUGCGCGCAGAGCUUUCCAACUUGAAGGCGGCGGCAGCUCAAGCCCAAGCUGCCUCCGAGCAACUUCAGCUAGAAAUUGAGGGGCUGAAGACAGAAGCGGCGGAGGUGCCGACACUGAAAGCUGAGCUUACGCACAUGGAGGCACAGCGGACAGCUGCCCUCCAAGAUGCCGCCGGGGCAUCCGCAGAGCUGCAGCAGCAAGUGGAGAACCUGAAAGCUGAAGCCGCGCAGGUGCCGGAGUUGCGCAGCAAAGUGGCCGAGUUUGAGGCCGGGCAGGAGUCUGCCAGCCGCGAAGUCGAAAGACUCACGGCGGAAGCAGCGGAGGCGUCAGCGCUGAAGGCACAGAUCGCGGAAAUGGAGGUGCAGCGCGCGGCUGCAAUCCAGGACGCUGCGGGCGCGUCUGCAGAGGUUGAGCAGGAGAUUGAGAAGCUAAAAGCGGAAGUUGCGCAGGUGCCAGAGUUGCGGAGCAAGCUCGCAGAGCUGGAGGCGAAGGAAGAGGCCUCCCUGCAAGUGCAAGCAUCCGCCGAGCAGCUGCAGCACGAAGUCGAGAGACUGAAGGCGGAAGUGGCAGAGGUGGCAGGAUUGCGAGCACAGAUCGCAGACAUGGAGGCACAGCGGACAGCUGCCCUCCAAGAUGCCGCCGGGGCAUCCGCAGAGCUGCAGCAGCAAGUGGAGAACCUGAAAGCUGAAGCCGCGCAGGUGCCGGAGUUGCGCAGCAAACUGGCCGAGUUUGAGGCCGGGCAGGAGUCUGCCAGCCGCGAAGUCGAAAGACUCACGGCGGAAGCAGCGGAGGCGUCAGCGCUGAAGGCACAGAUCGCGGAAAUGGAGGUGCAGCGCGCGGCUGCAAUCCAGGACGCUGCGGGCGCGUCUGCAGAGGUUGAGCAGGAGAUUGAGAAGCUAAAAGCGGAAGUUGCGCAGGUGCCAGAGUUGCGGAGCAAGCUCGCAGAGCUGGAGGCGAAGGAAGAGGCCUCCCUGCAAGUGCAAGCAUCCGCCGAGCAGCUGCAGCACGAAGUCGAGAGACUGAAGGCGGAAGUGGCAGAGGUGGCAGGAUUGCGAGCACAGAUCGCAGACAUGGAGGCACAGCGGACAGCUGCCCUCCAAGAUGCCGCCGGGGCAUCCGCAGAGCUGCAGCAGCAAGUGGAGAACCUGAAAGCUGAAGCCGCGCAGGUGCCGGAGUUGCGCAGCAAACUGGCCGAGUUUGAGGCCGGGCAGGAGUCUGCCAGCCGCGAAGUCGAAAGACUCACGGCGGAAGCAGCGGAGGCGUCAGCGCUGAAAGCACAGAUCGCGGAAAUGGAGGUGCAGCGUGCGGCUGCAAUCCAGGACGCUGCGGGCGCGUCUGCAGAGGUUGAGCAGGAGAUUGAGAAGCUAAAAGCGGAAGUUGCGCAGGUGCCAGAGUUGCGGAGCAAGCUCGCAGAGCUGGCGAAGGAAGAGGCCUCCCUGCAAGUGCAAGCAUCCGCCGAGCAGCUGCAGCACGAAGUCGAGAGACUGAAGGCGGAAGUGGCAGAGGUGGCAGGAUUGCGAGCACAGAUCGCAGACAUGGAGGCACAGCGGACAGCUGCCCUCCAAGAUGCCGCCGGGGCAUCCGCAGAGCUGCAGCAGCAAGUGGAGAACCUGAAAGCUGAAGCCGCGCAGGCAGCCAAGAGGGUGCCGGAGUUGCGCAGCAAACUGGCCGAGUUUGAGGCCGGGCAGGAGUCUGCCAGCCGCGAAGUCGAAAGACUCACGGCGGAAGCAGCGGAGGCAUCAGCGCUGAAGGCACAGAUCGCGGAAAUGGAGGUGCAGCGCGCGGCUGCAAUCCAGGACGCUGCUGGCGCGUCUGCAGAGGUUGAGCAGGAGAUUGAGAAGCUAAAAGCGGAAGUUGCGCAGGUGCCAGAGUUGCGGAGCAAGCUCGCAGAGCUGGAGGCGAAGGAAGAGGCCUCCCUGCAAGUGCAAGCAUCCGCCGAGCAGCUGCAGCACGAAGUCGAGAGACUGAAGGCGGAAGUGGCAGAGGUGGCAGGAUUGCGAGCACAGAUCGCAGACAUGGAGGCACAGCGGACAGCUGCCCUCCAAGAUGCCGCCGGGGCAUCCGCAGAGCUGCAGCAGCAAGUGGAGAACCUGAAAGCUGAAGCCGCGCAGGUGCCGGAGUUGCGCAGCAAACUGGCCGAGUUUGAGGCCGGGCAGGAGUCUGCCAGCCGCGAAGUCGAAAGACUCACGGCGGAAGCAGCGGAGGUGCCAGCAUUGAAGUCCCGAAUGGCUGACAUGGAGGUUGCAGCGGAAGAGGCCCAGAAGGAGAUGCAGAGCCUUCGCCCGGAAGCUGCCCAGGUGCCGAUGCUGAGGGCGCAAGUCAUCGACUUACAGGCCGCUGCAACACAGCAGCAGCAGGAAAUGGUGCAGCUGACCGAGAAGGCUGAGGCGCAACGAGCCAGCAUCGCGGAGAUGGAGGUUCGCGCGCGGCAGCGUGACGAGGAGCUGGCCCACAGCCAGGCUGAGGUGGCAGCACUCAAGAGCCAAGUUGCCGAGCGAGAGGCAGCUCUCGAAGCUACGAACCAGAGCAGCGCUCAGGCCGUCAAAAGGCAGAAAGAGGCCGAGCGCCUGAGAUCUGCGGAGGCCGCCGCCUGGCAGCAGGCCGAAAAGGCGCUUGAAGGAGUCAAGGCGGAGAAGGAGAGCUUGCAAAGGCAAGUUGAGAAGCUGAAGACCGAAGCGGCUUCAAGACAAGCAGGUGCCGAGGCAGAGCAAAGCUCCUCCGAACAGCUCCGGUCGGAGCUCCAGUCCCUGCGCCAAGAGCUCAGCUCCGCCAGAGAGGCUCGCGGAGCCGAGGCACAGCGAGCUGCUGCUGCCGAGGCUGCCGCGAAGGCACACCACGGCGAGGCACAGCGCCUCGCUGCCGAACUUGCAGAGGUUCCGAAGCUGAAGGCGCAGGUUGCCGAGUUGGAGGCAGGCCUGGAGCUGGCUCGCGAGGCUGCGCUUCAGGCUGAUGCAGAAGCAGCCAAGUCAAAGUCACGGCCGCAGGCUGACACAGGAGGUGUCGGCGACCUGGGCAGCGCAGCAGCUGAAAAGCUGUUGGCCAGUCGCGUGGCUGAGCUAGAGGCGCAGCUUGCGGAAGCACAGCGCAGCUCUGCAGAUGCCCGCGAGGCUUCCGAAGCCAUGGACGGCUUUGCCACGCGAGCCCGCGUGCGGGACUUGGAAGCCCAGCUGGCGCGUGCCGAAGAAAAUGCUGCCAGCCUGAAGGAAGCAGCCAGCCGUGCUGCAGAAAGGUUGCAAGAGCAAGCUGUCAAGGAACGGCAGCUGGAACGACAGCUGGCAGACUCACUUGGCAGCUCUUGGCCGCUUCGAUCCGUGAUCGGCGCGGUGGAGGGUGUUUCCAGCACUGUGCGGGCAGCAACUGGGCGCUGCAUGCGGCCGAAUCGCGGCUACGAGCCAACGCCUUCGAUCUGA